UUAAACAAGUACGUCAUCAAUACGCGACAAAACACGCAGACUUUGGUAGGUCUCCACUGCUCACACCCGGACGAUCUGAGCAUCCUCUCCUCACAAGAUCGAGUCAUUCUGCUCGUAAAAACUGCACGGCGUUACGUCCACACUAUGUUGGAGAAAACGGAGGAAAGGGAGCGACAGAACGCCGAAGGAAAGAAGAGGAGACACCCUGGUGAAGAUGGAGGAGGAGAGAGGAAGAGGAGGGGAGGUGAAGAAGGAGACAGGAAGAGGAGGGGCGAAGGAGAAGGGUGGCAGGGAGACGGUGGCAGGAAGCGCCUGGAUGCCCUGAGCGUGGGCUAUUUCCGGCGAGUCGGGGAAAGACUCGGCGAAGGCUUUAAAGAAAAGGAGGAGAAAGAGAUGUUUGUGGAGAACGUCCUGAGCGAAGUUAAAGGUAAAGCGGCGGUCGUGGCGAUGGACCAGACGGGAAGCAUCACCCUGCAGCGGCUGCUCCCGCUCUGCAGUCCUGGCCAGGUGGCGGAGGUGCUGGCCGAGCUGGGCGGCCCCGAGGGGUCCGAGUUCAAGGCGGUUUCCUGCGACCGGUGCGGCGGCCACGUGGUGGAGAGCGCGGCCCGACGGAUAUCCGGGUGGACUGAGUCGUCGACUACAGAAGAAGAAGAACAGGAGAGCUGGGACGCGUUGGAGGCCCAGUUGUUGUCUUUAAGUCGGGUAGUGAGAGACAACAUCGCAGAGUUCAUCAAACAUGUCCAUGGCUCACAUGUGGUCCGCACACUUCUGCAUGUGUUGGCGGGCUGUCUCGGACCCCCGCGCACCGAGUCUCGUCCAGGUACGAAGGGACGCAGCGUUGCUCCUCAGAUGACAGACUUUGAGAUUCCUGCGUCGUUUUGGUACGAGCUGAAAAGCCUCACGGACACCUUGUUGGACAACGUUAAUCUAAGUGUGACGGAUGCUGUUGCCAGUGCCGUGUUCCAGACCAUGUUGACUGUGUGCCACAGAAAGCGGCCAAUACUCUGCAAGCAGCUCCUCAAACGCGCCACGGAGUACCUGACAAGUCGCAGUGCCGCUCCAGGAGUGAGUCCCCUUCUGGUGUUUCUCAAGGACCCGGCUUCCAGUCACCUCAUUGAGAUAAUCAUACAGCUGUCCCGCAAGUCUCUCCUCCGGGACCUCUACAAGAACCACUUUAAGGGUCAGCUGGUGAACUUAGCCCUCCAUUCCAUCGCCAACUUCCCCGUACAGAGGCUAACGGCAGCCACGGCCAAAUACAAGAUGUUCCUAGGGUUGUUUGACGAGCUGAUCCAGGGUAUUGAGGCCAUCCUGGCCGCGGGUCACAUGGGUGUGAUUGUCCAACUGGCCGAGAGCUGUGCAGAAUGCGAAGAGAAACAGGACGACCUGAUACAGUGCCUCCUCCGUGCGUUCCACUGCGCCGAGCCCGGCACCCGACACGUCAGCUGCCUCCCUCUCUUCAUGUCCCUGCUCACCUACGAGGUGUAUUACCACUCUGACACAGCGGAGGGCGACACACAGACGGAGGUACCGCUGUCCUCCAUCUGUUACCACGGUUCCCGGCUGGUCCAGGCGCUUGCCAAGUUCAAGGAGCGCUCACUCCUCCUCAGCAGCCUGCGCACUCUGACCCCCGCUGACCUCCUGACGCUGGCUUCUGACCCCUCGGGCAGCCACGUCCUCCAGGCCCUCAUCACCACAUCUAGCGACAAGGGGCGGGGCAAGAUCCUCAAGAGACUGGAGGGCCAGUAUGUUCCUAUGGCUUGCUCCAGGUUGGGUAGUCGGGUGCUGGAAGCCAUCUGGAACGGUGCUUCAGUCAGUCACAGGCAGAGCAUCGCACAGGAACUAGUGCGGAGUGAAAGCCAGCUGAGGUCCGAUCAGUUUGCUCGCCAUGUGUGGGCCAAGUUUGCCCUCUCCCACUUCAUCCACAGAAGAGCCAAGUGGCAGGAAAUCCAGACCGGCGAGUCCAAGAAGCGGAAGCUCUUCAGUGACAUUUUUGCAUAAAAAAAUUAAUAUUUAUAUCAUGUUUUUGCUAUGUAAUUGGAUAAAAAAUGUGUAAUUGGAAAGAGAAAUAAAGAAAAAUGUAUCU